AUGCUUUUGCCGUGCUUUUACAUGUUUCUUCUCUUGGAAACUUUUCAACAGCUUCAGAAACAAUCUUGUCAGCAAGUAAUGGAUGAAGCAGAAAAGGAAUAUAAGAAGAUGUCUGAGCGAAUUAAUGAAGGUCAAGAUGCAAUGAAGGCUUCAUAUGCGGAAUUCAUAGAAGCAGCACAGGCCAGUGCAUCUCGCUUACUCAAAACAUCCAUCCCUGAGCUUUCACAAUCUUUUGAGAACUUGACAGAUGGAAUUUUCACCCUUUGGAAUAAUUUCUUGGGAAUUGCUGGAUGGUUCUAG